UCAGAAGGAAAGAUUGAGAUGCAUGAUUCGAUAGCACAAAUGGGUCAGCAAGUGGCACGUGAUGCUGAGCAGGGCAAGCCAUGGAAUUGCAGUAGACUGUGGCAUGAAAAAGAUGUGAAAACUCUUCUUCUGCAAAUCAGAUUACCAGAACUCUUACAUUUCCCAUGGCUCCCCAGAAUGAAUCGACUAAAAAAUGGAAAUAUGAUGCCUUUUUGAGUUUUAGAGGGGAUGAUACUCGCAAUAACUUUGUUGCCCAUCUUUAUAAACGUCUGGAAGACAUAGGAAUCAACGUUUUCAAAGAUGAUGUGAAACUUGAAAGAGGUAAGUUCAUUUCAACAGAACUCUUGAAAGCCAUUGAGGAAUCAAGAACUGCCAUUAUUAUCUUCUCCGAGGACUAUGCUUCAUCCACCUGGUGCUUGGAGGAGCUCACAAUGAUCAUGGACUGUGUUGACAAGAAGGAACAGAAAGCAUAUCCUGUCUUCUAUAAUGUCGAGCCAUCAGAUAUACAUAUGAAAGGUGAGAGCAGCAGCUUUGCUAAAGCGUUGGACAAACACGUGGAAGAUUUCAAGGCUAGUUUUGAGAAGUUGGUAACCAAACACGAGGCAGAUUUCAAGUGUGGUCUGCAGAAGGUAUUAGCCAACAAGACAGAUCGUGCUCUCAGAAAAAAAGACAAGACAAAUCUCAAGGAUAAUUUGGAGAAGGUGCAGAGGUGGAAGGAUGCUCUGCGUAGAGCUGCUGGUAUAGCAGGACUGGAUGUUCGUAAAACUGCUAACGGGAAUGAAGCAGAAUCUAUUGACAAGAUUAUAAAUGAUAACUUCCGAAAUAUGCACCACAGCGUUUCAGCAACUGAAAAAUAUCUAGUGGGAAUCGAAUCUCGUACAGGUGAAGUAGAAUCAUUAUUGAAGUUUCGAUCAGGUGAUGUCUGUUUUGUUGGAAUAUGGGGGAUCGGUGGCGUCGGGAAGACAACUGUUGCAAGAAAAUUUUUUGACCAGAUUUCUCAUCAAUUUCAAGGGUCUUGUUUUCUUGCUAAUGUUAGAGAAGAAUCAAAGAAACAUGGGCUGAUGUACUUGCAGAAGACACUUCUUUCAAGACUCUUAAACGAAAAAUCAAUGAAUAUAGCGAGUUUUUAUGAAGGAGCCGACAUGAUAAAAAGAAGGCUUUGCCACUGGAAAGUUCUAAUUGUUUUUGAUGAUGUGGAUGAUGACCACCAAUUGGAAUAUUUAGUUGGAAUGCAUGACUGGUUUGGUGAUGGUAGUAGAGUCAUUACAACAACCAGAAAUGCAGAUUUACUCCGUUGCCACGACAAGUUAUAUUCUGUCCCUGAAUUGGCUAAACAUGAAGCUCUUGAACUUUUUAGUUGGCACGCCUUUCAGAAAAGGACUCCGGAUAUAGAGUUUUUUAAGCUCUCUAAGCUUGUAGUAGAUUACGCUAAAGGCUUACCCUUAGCUCUUAAGGUUUUGGGUUCUUUUCUCAACAAAAAAGGCAUAAUUGAGUGGAGAAGUGCAUUAGAUAGACUCAGAGAUACUGGAUAUGAGAAAAUUGUUGAGCAGCUUAGUUUAAGUCUAGAUGGAUUGAACCAUGAAGAGAAGAAUAUAUUCCUUGAUAUUGCAUGCUUCUUUAGAGGAAGAAAGAGAGAUGAUGUGAUAACAAUAUUAAACAGUUUUGGAUUCCGAUCAGAGAUUGGAAUAGAUGCCCUCAUCCAAAAAUCACUCUGUUAUAUAUUUCAGAAGGAAUGGUUGAGAUGCAUGAUUUGAUAGAACAAAUGGGUCAGCAAGUGGCACGUAAUGUUGACCAGGACAAGCCAUGGGAUCACAGUAGACUAUGGCAUGAACAAGAUAUAAAAACUGUUUUUUCUGUAAAUCAGUGGACAGAGUCAGUUAAAGGCAUAAUGGUGCCAAUUGGCUCAGACCAACAUAUAUGCAAGUGGAGCAAAGCUUUCAGAAAUAUGCCUUGUCUUAGGUUACUCAUUGUCAAAGGGGAGGAGGUCUGACAUUAUGAACCAGUUUCUGACACUAUCGAAUAUCUCCCAAGUGGCUUGAAAUGGCUUGAUUGGUCUUACUACAGUUCUGAAUCUUUACCAGCAAGUUUUCAACCACGAAACCUUGUU